AUGAAGAUGCUUCAAGCAGUUCUCAUUAUGAACUUAUUCAAACAACAUCCCACUAAGGAGAUAAUUGACAUUGAGAUGGAGGAAAUGAAGAAUGAGCUAGUUCAGACUUUUGAACCCCUGGAAGAUCUAAUUCCAUACCCAGCUCCUUUUGAGAUGGAAUAUGUGACCAACGAUCCAUUUCUUCAAGAUCUCGCAGAGUCUAUUGGGAAAGUGGGCUUGGAUGAUUGGGUACUAUGUCGAGUCCGACUGAAAGGUAACGUCUCAAAGAACACAUAUGAAGAUGGGGACAGCUGUAGCAUGGAACAGCCUAGCUACUCGCCAAAGAUCCAGGAGGAGGUGCAGCUUACAUCCACAGACUAUAAUGCUGACAUGAUCAUGGACUACCCAUUUAAAGACUGCCAACUGUUGCCUUUAAUACUUGCAGGUGCUCUACCUCCCAUUGAGGCCAUUUCAAGCGUAAGCUUUGGAGGGAGCAACAAAGGGAACCAUUUUACUUCAGUCUAUGGAGAUUGUUCCAAUAAUGUGAAAUCUCCUACAACAUUUUCUUCUUUGGAGAGUUAUUUCAGGAAAUUUAGUGAGGAAAAUGAGUAUGAGUAUUUCCCAUCCACCGAGAAGCUACAGGACAACAAGGAAAUCAAGGAUCUACAACCUAGCAAGACACUGGCCAAUUAUGAUAUGGACUGCUACAGCCAAAACCACUCUCAAUAUGACAACUUCAACCCUAAGCCCUCAGAACCCAUCGGUGUGUUUCAAGAGCUUAUUGAAUUACCCUUCACAGAGAAGUACUUUGAGUCAUGA